AUGAACUAUAUUGAACCACAAUCCAACUCGCAAUCUCUUCAUCGCAAGGUUGCCUCUGAAGUCACUGCAGAUAGCAGUACAUCUGUAGAUUCUCUUGCAGCAGCUGCUGCUAAUGGUAGUCAUGGAAACUCGAGUUGUGUUUCUAUUUCUACCUCUAGCCAAAAGCCAUCGCUUCCGCAUACUCACGAGCCAAAGAGGGAGGAGGUUACCAAAGUUACCUCAAGUGACUCUGCCUCCACGUUAGCUACUGUUAGACAGCUCGCUACUACUGGAACCAAAAUGCUCAAAAUUUCAGCCAAGAAGCAACACUCACGUCUGUUCAAGCUGGAUAUUGAGCAAGGCAGGAUUUUGUGGGAUUCGAGGAAAUUUGGGCGUAUCAAUGUAGAGCAAAUUAAAGAGCUUCGAAAAGGAAAGGCGGCCCGAAUGUAUCGCGAGCAAUUGCGAGUCCAACCAGAACACGAGGAGCGCUGGCUGACCAUUAUCUAUUCUGCCAUGGGGAAGUAUAAGGCUUUGCAUUUAGUUGCACCCACAAAGGACACAUACGAAGACUGGAUUAUGGCCGUCGAGCGGAUGUGGUCAGUCAAGCGCGAGGUCACAGAGGGUCUUCCACAGUUACAGCGAAAGACUAACCAGUGGCUGAAAGAACACUGGAUGGACGCAGAUAAAAAUGUAGAUUCGAAGCUGGGAUAUGAGGAGAUCGUUCGCCUGUGUCACCGCCUAAAUGUUAACUUUUCGAGAAAAGAAAUUCGCGUACGUUUUGAUCAGGCGGACGAAAAGAAGAAAGGCUACCUGGACUUUGCAGAUUUCACACAUUUUGUAAAGCUCUUGAAAGAACGCAGAGAGAUCAGUGCAUUGUUCAACUCGAUUACCAAGAGUGAUUCAAUGGCACUCGAUGAGUUCACCAACUUCAUUAUCAACACCCAAAAAUCCCAUUUAAAUGAAGAUGAGAUCAAAGAAAUUUAUGGAAAGCACGUUGACAAGACGCUUGAGAAGUUCACGGUCGAUUCACUGUCGAGUUUUUUGGUCUCAGCUGACAACCCUGUCAUUGCACCCAAGCAUGCUCAGGUCCAUCAAGACAUGUCUCAGACCCUAUCGAGUUAUUAUAUCAGCAGUUCUCAUAACACAUAUUUACUAGGUCAUCAAUUAACUGGAGUUUCAUCUAUCGAAGGCUAUAUUAGGGCUUUACAGAGCGGAUGUCGUUGUGUCGAAUUGGACUGUUGGGAUGGUUCAGAUGGUCAGCCUGUUAUUUAUCAUGGCCGCACACUCACUUCAAAAAUUCUAUUUCGAGAUGUCAUUGAAGCUAUCUCAACAUAUGCUUUCGUCAAUUCACCUUAUCCGCUAAUUCUAUCGCUUGAGCUCCACUGCGAUCUAGAACAGCAAGAUAUAAUGGCGAACAUCAUGAAGACUAAGUUAGGAAGCUGGCUGGUGGUUGCACCUCUAGAUUCAAAUGGUGUCAACCUUCCGAGUCCUGAUGAGCUCAAAUUUAAGAUUCUUGUAAAGAGCAAAGUCCUGCCCCCAGAUGCGAUCACCCAAGAAUACUCUACUGACACAGAAUCUGAGUCUGACCGAGAGAGUGAGAGCGACUCUGAUGGUGUGAAGCAAAAAAAGACAAAGACGAAAAAGGUCCGAAUCGCUAAGGCACUGAGCGAAAUCUCGAUUUAUUGUCAAUCUCGUCAUUUCCCUGGCUUUACACACGAAGGAUGUUCACCUUUCAAGAUCAUAUCCUUUUCAGAACGGGUCUCUUUGCGCCAUUGCAAACAGUCACUGCAGGAAUAUAUCAACAUGAAUAAGACCCAUUUGACACGUGUUUAUCCAGCAGGCUUCAGGAUCAAUUCUACAAACUAUGACCCUCAUCAUCACUGGGCUGCUGGUGCUCAAGUUGUGGCAUUGAAUUAUCAGAACCAUGACCGAGGAAUGCAGAUGAAUAGCGCCAUGUUUACUAUGAAUGGACAUUGCGGUUAUGUUUUGAAGCCGUCACCACUACGUCUUGGUCCAGGAGAGAUUUGUAAUCACGAUAAAGCCCCAACCUUUGUCAAGUCACAUCCAGUGAUCUCCGCUCAGCAACUACCAAGACCUAAUGAAGCACAGUCAGGUGAUGUGAUUGAUCCUCUGUGCGAGGUAGAGCUAUUAGUCCCUGGGCAACCAACUGUCAAGUACAAGACACGUCAUGUGAGUGAUAAUGGCUUCAAUCCUGUAUGGCAAGAAACCUUCAAGUUCCGUGUCGAUUACGAGCAUCAUGAGCUUGUAUUCUUUCGCUUUGUGGUUCAAGAUGAAGACAUCAAAUUUUCUGAUUUGAUUGCGUCUUAUUGCAUCUCAUUGGACUGCCUGCAAGAAGGUUACCGCCAUAUCCAGCUUCAUGACCCUUCAGGGGAUCCUUAUUUGUAUAGCACAUUGUUCAUCAAAGUAUCUAUCGAGCCUAUCGGCGUGAGCGGCUAUCUGGCUCACGUUGCUGCAGCUACAGCAUCAGCAGUUGCAUCAAAUUUGUCUUCACUCCCAUCAAAGAUCACUGGGAGGAAGUGCAAUUCGAUUGGAUCAAAUGAGCCCAGAUCGUCGACAGAAUCAAGUCAUGAAGAAGAACUGACAUCUGACGGUCGUAACUCGACUCCCAUGAUAAAUACCACAGCUGGGAAGGAAACGUUGGAAUCCGUUUCUCAGCGCCCAUUACCCCUUUUGCCACAGCACUCCGUUUCUCCUUCUUCUGCUCACUCUCCACAGCUGACAGAACUUCCACCGCUACCUCCUACACCACCGCCAAAGUAA